AUGGAACAGUUGACAUGGUCUGCAGUGCUGCUCCUACUGGCUCUCUCAGUCAGAGAGACAUUUACACAGAGAAUCAUCGGAGGACAAGAAGUCGAACGGUAUUCUAUCAAGUACCAGGCAUCUAUACAGUAUAACAGGAACCACUACUGUGGAGCCACCCUCAUUCGGCCCCAGUGGGUGGUGUCUGCUGCCCACUGCUGGAGACCGGCCCAGCUGAUCCAGGUGGUUUUGAGUGAGCACAGUCUGGUCGAGGAAGAGGGCUUCGAGCAAGUGUUCAACAUCUCCAAGAUCUUUGUCCACUAUAGCUACAACUACAAGACCUUCAACAACGACAUCAUGCUCAUCAAGCUCAGUGAGCCAGCCAAGCUCAAUGCCUACGUUCAGCCUGCCCCACUGCCAGAAGACGACACCCCUGCUCUCCCAGGGUACACCACCUGUACGGUGAGCGGCUGGGGUGUCACGCGUAUCUACAGCUACUUCCUGUCCCCUGUGCUGCGUGCUGUGGAUGUGCAGACCAUUCCAUACUGCCACCACUACUACUACUGGAGGAUCACAGACAACAUGAUGUGCGCUGGGUCUCGCUUUGGUGGCAAGGACUCCUGUCAGGGCGACUCGGGCGGACCCCUUAUCUGCAAUGGAAACUUGGAAGGCAUCGUUUCAUGGGGAAUCAGCUGUGCCAACCCUUACUUCCCAGGAGUCUACACUCAAGUCAGAAUGUAUGUCAGAUGGAUCGACUGGAUCAUCAACAGUGACAACCCCAACAACUGA